AUGGGCUCGGGAACACGAGCAGUGCACCCCGAAUCUUUCACGCAGCGCAACUCCUUUCCUUCUUCGUGUUUCAACAAUUUUAUCAAGGAGCCGAUCAUGAAUGCACUCCAGCAAUCCACCGUUGGCUUCGCCCUACUUGUCCUAUCCACUUUGCUCCUACAUGCCAUCACUCUGUCCACUACCUCUCGGAUUGAGGAACACUUGAAUCACCCAGAUCAUGUGACUCUCAUUCUCGAUCGUAUCCAAACGCUAUCAGAUGUCGUGGAGAAACUGUACCAAGAAGUCAAAGCUGAGCCGCUGGGCGUCAACAACCCGAUACCCCCCGUGUCCACUCCCCGUACCAGUCUAGAGCAACUAGCCAAGUUCAUUGUCACCUAUGGGCUAAUGAUCACUUGGAUGGGGGGCCUGUACUUAUUCUGGGAUGGCCUAGAGUCCGUCCGCUCCCAUGCGCUCAAGGUCUCCCUUCUCGGCUCCAUGCUUCUGACGGCUAACCUUGGGUUGAUCGUGAUGCUCCUGUUUCUACCAGUAAGCGCGUGGCACUCAUACGUUUCUGGGACGAUUGUUGCGGGCGGCCUAGGCCUUUUUUAUGUUGUGUUUUUUACCAGUGCCACGGAUGAUCUGUGA